AUGUCACCUCACACGGAGGGCCCAUUAUUCGCUGUACUCAAAAACUCGCGUGCGCGUCCCCGCCCACGCGAGUCGCGUCUUCGCAGACGCGUACACAAACAAAUGAACAUCUCGCCCACUCCCAAGCGCUACAACUCCAGGGGCUACGAAUUCCCGCGCUCAAACGACGAGGCGUUCCACCCUUUCAACAGAGAGCCCCCCAUGGUGCCCUCGGAGCGGAUACUGCCUGAAGAGUACCGCGUUAAUUCGCAGAUGAUCAACAAGCUCAUCAAACAGAACAAGGACCUCACGCAACAGCUGGAUCGGAAACAGGACGAGAUCGACCGCCUCAACGUCCUGGUUGGAUCGCUGCGCGGAAAGCUAAUCAAAUACACAGAGCUCAACAAGAAGCUGGAACAGGCCGCGGCGGGCGCGCGCCAGAGCUCGCCCGACGACGUGCUGCAGGUGAACCGCACGCGCCCGCGCGAGCCGCCUGCUGGCGGCACGCGUCUCGAUGAUCGUCUCAGCGAUCUGUACUCGAAGCUCGAGACCCUGACCGAGCUAGUGGUUGGCAGCGCGGCGGCCGACCGCGGCGCGCGCGACCACGUACACGUGCCAAGCGCGGGGGCCACGCGCACGCCCAGCAGCGGUGCAUCUGUGUCCCAUCGACCCCUGCAGCCGGGCGCGGCUUCCGAGGACGACAUUCUGACACAGGAAAGCGCAGAGCUGAAGGGUCUGGAAGACCAGAUCGAUCUUCUCAAACGCAAGCUGCUCAUCAAGCGUGAAAACGAGCUGCGCAAGCUCUCGCUCAACAAGGAGCUGCUCGAUCUUAUGGAGAAGCUCGACGUCUCGCGGCCGGCAGGUCCCGUUCCCAGCUCGUCCACACCGCCGCACUGCGAUCAGUGCCACAAGGCCGCGUACCAAACGGCCGCAGCUAACGGAGGCCACGGCGUCCCAGCAGGGGCUGGUUCCGGCGCCGGCGCCGGCGCCUCGAUGCCGUCACCCCGCAACCCACCCUAUAUGUCAAUGGCCCAGGUUCUUGAAACUCCGACCCCUGCGCACAGGAGCAGCCACAAGCCAAACGACACACUCUGGUGA